GUACCAAUCCUCUAUAGUUUUGCUUGCAUCAUGUGUAGAAUGGUGUGAAAUAAAUGGAGAAUGGAUCCGAACCGGUUUGGUUACAGGCAAUCACAUCCGCUGGAAACGAUGCCGUGUCUGAAUUAGAACGAGAGAAUGCUCAUUUUGAGGUAACUGAAGCGAUAUUACGUGCCCUAGAACAGCUAUGUUCCAUGGACGACACAGACAGCGACGAGGAAGACUUACCGUCCGACAAUAUCCGAGACUACGCUAACUCUCUCACAGCUCCUGAACUGAGUAUGACCCCCAACAGCUCUCCUAUAUCUCCUGCUAUUGUGAGGAAGAGCAUCUCUAAACCUAACAGAAACAGCACAGAGCUAUCAGACUGGGUGAGCGUUGUAGACACGGACACGCCCUCUAUCCCCACCUCUCUGAGUGACAACUCUAUCACAACCGUUCUGGAGAAGUUUGCGGAGAACCAGUCUAGCGAUCAAAACAGUCCCCGUGCUAUCGCUAAGCAGCUCUUUGAUAAGAUUAACUUUUCUUCCGAGGAGAGUGCUGAGUUGGACUGGCUAGUAACUGAAGGAGGGCGGCGACACACCCCCACUAUAUCCCGUACAGUGUCCGACUUGUCUCUCCCGACCCGACUGAGAGGGACCUCAGACUGGGCGCCUCCCCGUGCUCAGAUUAUCUACCACAUUCACCUUCCAGCUACUAGGAAGUCAAUACUAUCCCGGUGCGGGUACAGAUGUGCGGGUUGUGGGAUGAAGAUAGACCACACUAUGGCCAGUUGGUUCAGAUACUGUGCCUACCUCGGAAAGUAUUUCUGUCACUCCUGCCACCACGAGAAGACAGCCCACAUUCCUGCUAGAAUACUUCACAAAUGGGACUUCAGGAAGCAGAGGGUCAGUAACUUCGCGUCAGAUCUCCUCGAGAAGAUGUUUUCAGAGCCUUUGUAUUGCAUCCAGGAUAUAAACUACAACCUCUACAAAACUGUCAAUGAGAUGAAGUAUGCACGAGCUCUCAGAUACCAACUGUUCUUCCUGAACGAGUACAUUAGAAAUUGUAGAAACGGUAAAGAUUUGUUGGAUAAUAUGUCAAUCCGUUCACAUAUUAUUAAUGAGCCUCAACUCUUCUCAUUGCAGGAUUUGUGUGCAGUAAAGGACAGGACCCUGAUAGAGAUGAUGAGAGUUCUGGUAACUAGCUGGUUACAGCACGUUGAUAAUUGUGGGCUCUGCAAAGGAAAAGGUUUUAUCUGCGAACUCUGCGCUAGGGAUGAGAUCAUCUACCCGUUCCAACUGGAAUCUGUUGUUCAGUGUCAGAUGUGCUGGACGUGUUUCCACAAGGCUUGUUAUUCUGGCACUUGUCCAAAAUGUGCCAGGAUCAGAUCACGUCGCACUAUGUCUGAUCCAGAUGGAAACCGAAACAAAGAGGCCGAGGUGAAAAACGAAAAUGAACGAAAGAAAACAUAAAAGUUAUACACAGUAGCCAGUAGGUUAUCUGGGUAUAAUAUCUAACAGGGCUACUAACAAGACUUGGUGAUGUUUUUUAGUGACAUAACGCCACCUCUGGGAGAGUGUCAUGUUAUUCUCCUUACCAAAGAUAACUUUUCUUGCUUUACA